AUGUUCAGAGAAUGCAUACCUCAUGUUUUGUUAUCCGACUACGAGUGUCCGGAAAUCUUCACCUCAUCGAUCGCGACGACGUCAUCAAAGGGACAGCUACAUUCGGCGCCGAAGGUCUACUAUCAGCCAAGGCCUUCUCGACUGACACAGUGCUCAAAUCUGAGCAAUCGGAGCUACGAACUACCCGAGAUUAUUCCAGAGGAAGUGCACGAGACAAAAAUACCCAGUCCCGUCUCUUUCGAACCACAAUCAUCGGAAUCCGAAGAAGAGCCGAUGGCAGUGUACGUGGAGGAAGAGAAGCGGAUACCUCAAAACGAUAUUGAUUUGGGCGCGUUUGAGUUGGUGGAUUCUGGUCUCACUCCCGAAGCCCUUCUCUCCAAGGACGAACCCGUGAUAUUCCACCAAAGCAUGCCAGUCCACUCCGUCCAUCACGACACGGUACAAACCGAAGCAGCCCUUGCAAACCUGAUGGCAGCCCCAUCGAGUAUGCUAACCAACGCGAUUCCACCAAUCAUGGUCGAAGACAACUACUGUUUCGUGGUGGAUGGAGAACGCGUUCGAAUGGGUGACAUACUUGGAGACGAUCAAUGGUGGAGGCAUACAUCUCGACCGACCAAGUAUUUCUAUUCGGAUGAUUUGAAACAGUUUCAUCGAGUGAACUGUAUAACAGCGAAGGGAAAAGUGAUAACGGCAAAACUGGCGACACAGAUGCCUCAUCAACCAUCAACGUCUAUGUCGGCAUCGGCGUCACAUCAACAGUCGUUAUCAGCGUCGACACAUGCUCAAGUACAUCCUCAGCAUCAUAGUAUGUCCAAUACGCCGAGAUCUUCGAUCUCUGGUGGAACCCAUCAAACAGCCCACACGACUCCAUCUCGGACAUCACAUCACGAUGCGAACAAAGUGCCACUGAACAACGUCUACAAAGUGAUUCGAUUCUAUUCAUUUUGGAAGACGUGCACGUCAUUUCAUCGGAUAGUCACAAUGAUUGAUAAGGUGGUUGAUGAGCCGUCGACGUCAUCUGGAGGCACCACUUUUAAGAAGAGAUUAUUUGUACAGUAUCUUUGGAGAAAUGCAAAGGCAGUUGAGAAGGCGAGAGUUCAGAAGGAGUUUGAUCCGAGGAGGCAGCGAUUGCUCAGAUUUGUGACGGAUCCGGCUGCGCGGAAAAGGUUCCAGAAGAUGUUUGUGGAGGACGAUCUGUUUGCGGUGAUCAUUGAUGAGAAUGGAAAUGAGAGCGAGUCGGAGGAAGAGCUAUCGGAUAGUGAAGAGAAUCAGAAUAAUAAGGAUCCGCAGAAUUUGUUGAGAAAGUUGAAAAUGGAAGUGACAACGCAUCCGGGGAAAGGUGGUCAAGAAGUUCCAGUCUACAGUAAUGAUGAUGAGCAUCCAUUGGAUGGUCCUCACACAAUUCUUCAUGCGGUUCAGUGUCCCAAAAAAUUCAUUGCAACGGUCGCCCCGACAGAAGUGGCUGAUACUGCUUGUUUCGUUUGCGAUUCGAAUCUAGUCUCCAUGCAAAUGAUUGAAGAAGACGCCGAUCACAUCCAUUGGAAACAGACAAUGUCAACGACCCAUUAUUACGCCACGGACAACUGGAAAGACGAUUUCUAUCGAGUGACGCCAUUAAUGUGUCGAGGAGUACUGCGAGGAGCUUAUAAAGUUGGCAAAGAUCGGAGUGGAAAGAUUCAGAGGGUUGAUAUUAUUAGGGUCUAUCGUGUGACCCGUCACUUCAGUUGCUGGAAAAGCGUCCCUGUCUUCCAUCGUGUGAUUUCACUUGUCGAAGCGGCACUCCCCUAUAAACAAAUGACUUCAAAGCAGAAACAAUUGCUGAAAGCCAACGGAAACAAGUUAAUCAAUCGUCUAUUCAUUCAAUAUUAUUGGAGAUUCCAACAAAGCUUCCUCAACCGCGAGCAGGUUCUCAGUGAGUACGCAGAGUCUUCAAAACGAACCCGCGCCAAGAAAUCGUGGAUUCGAGUUGUGAAGAAUGUAGCGAGAUUGAGAGCUGCGACGAGUAUCCUUGCAGCUGCACAUAAGAAUCAUACAUUGUGA